AUGGAUGUGUUCACGACAACAACCACCCACUCCAGACGAACGCUUGCCAUUCCCGCGACUUACCCUCGUCGUGCAGGUACCGUUGCUCACGAAAGAGAUGAGCUGAAGAUUGCACUGCACGAUUAUCGAGUCCACCAACACCGGCAGCAUGAACCCAUAACCCUCCUUUUCGCGCACGGGACGUCCUUCAGCAAAGAUCUAUGGGACCUGAUCAUCCGUUACCUCCUGUCCGAUCAGCAGCUUGCUGGGCGAAUAAAGAGGAUCGUCGCUAUUGAUGCCUCCAACCAUGGCGAUAGCGCUGUGCUCAAUGCUGGUAAACUCGGGACAAACGCCUUCUGGCCGGACAACGCAUAUGACAUACUUACCGUCACGCAGACACUUGGCCUCUCCUUGCCCUUAGUAGGUAUCGGUCACUCGUUUGGUGGCGGCACUCUCGCCCACGCAGCUGUCAUCUCACCAGGUACCUUUAGCGCCACCAUCUUCGUUGAGCCCAUUCUGUUCAUUAUGCCGGAACAGGACGGCGUUACAGCAAGUGUUGCGCUACGGCGGAAGGAUCAGUGGCGGAGCCUAGACGAUGUGUGUGCUAGAUUCGAGAAGAGCCAGGGACUCGCUGACUGGCACCCGGAGCAACGGAAGGUGUACGCUGAGAAAGGAACAUCGGAAGCAACAGGGCCGGAUGGUCAGAACAAACGAAUUCUAAAGACGCCCAAAGCUCAGGAAGCGGCUACAUAUAUUGCGGCACCGUACCCUGGUAUCCUUGAGAUGCUGCACAACUCGUGCGGCCAGCAUACCUUCAUCCUCGGAGGCAGCAGCAAGGUAAUGAGUCCCGACCAGAGGCAGCACAUCGGCGGUCUUAUGCCAAGAUCAACCAUCAUGAUCAACAUGCCAGACGCCGGGCACUUGAUACCUAUGACGCAUCCUCUCGAGCUUGCACGACAUCUGCGAGAGCAACUAUUGCGCUUCGAUGCGCCAGUGUCCAAGUUGUGA